AUGCAACGCUCAAAGCAGCCUCUUAUGAUACUCACUUGUCAACAUAAUUCGCACUAUUUUGAAGAGCGAAAUAUAGUUGUCAACGACGUUGUCAAGGUUGGUCGAGCUGUUGCCCGGGCUAAGGCUGCCCCAAACAAUGCAAUCUUCGAUUGCAAAGUGCUUUCACGGAAUCACGCAAUCAUUUGGUUUUCCUCCGACGAAUUUUGGCUUCGUGAUACCAAUAGCAGUAACGGAACUUUUGUCAAUGAUGUCCGGGUCACUAAACGUGACGACGGGGACUCUUGUGACAGGCAAAUCUUCUCAGGAGACAUUAUACGAUUUGGAGUGGAUGUUGUCGAGAACGACACAAUUCACGGAUGCAUAAUCACUAGUGUAACUCUCAUUCUUCCCAAUGGUUGUGAGGCUAAGCCAAAGCUUGGACAUACUUCUGGCGAAUCAGCCCCGGCUGGUCACAUCCCUAUAAACACAGAACAAAUAUUUCAACUCUCCUGCUUCCUUAACGUAGGCAUCCUUCGAAUGAAAUAA